AUGUCGGAGCUCAGCGAUGAAGCCAGUGAGCCAGAACUCCUGACCCGCAGCUUGUCUAUGUGGCAUGGGCCAGGUGCACAGGUCAGCUGGGAGCAGCUGGCCAUCCCCUUGGAUCUCCAUACAGCUGCUUCCAUCGGCCAGUACGAAGUGGUGAAGGAAUGUGUGCAGCGGAGAGAGGUAGAUUUGAAUAAGAAGAAUGGUGGUGGCUGGACCCCGCUGAUGUAUGCCUCCUACAUUGGACACGAUACCAUCGUGCACCUGCUGCUCGAGGCGGGGGUGAGUGUGAAUGUGCCGACCCCGGAAGGGCAGACUCCACUGAUGCUUGCUUCCAGCUGUGGCAACGAGAGCAUCGCCUACUUUCUUCUCCAGCAAGGCGCUGAGCUAGAAAUGAAGGACAUUCAAGGCUGGACUGCCCUCUUCCACUGCACCAGCGCAGGACAUCAGCAGAUGGUCAAGUUCCUUUUGGACAGUGGAGCAAAUGCCAACGUGAGGGAGCCAAUUUAUGGAUUCACCCCUUUGAUGGAAGCAGCUGCUUCUGGCCAUGAAAUAAUUGUGCAGUAUUUUCUGAAUCAUGGAGUCAAAGUGGACACACGGGACCACAGUGGAGCCACAGCCCGAAUGCUGGCCAAGCAGUAUGGACACAUGAAGAUAGUGGGGCUGAUAGAUACUCACUCGCUUUCUCUGCCCAAGAGCCUCUAUCGGAACCCAGAAAAAUAUGAAGAUCUGAGCUCUUCAGAUGAAUCCUGUCCUGUUCCUCAGAGACAGAGGCCCUAUCGGAAGAAGGGCCUCAGCAUCCACGAGGGGCCUCGGGCCUUGGCUAGAAUCACAGCCAUUGGACUCGGAGGCAAGAUCCAGCCAUCUUGCUAUGAGCAGGUGCCUCCACGGGGCUAUGUCACCUUCACCAGUAGUGAUGAGAACCCCCUGGAAGGAAGGGGCUUCUGCUGCAGGGAUGUCACUUCCCCCAUCAACGACCGGGACGUGGAGAGCAGCAGCAGCAGCAGCCGGGAAGAGCAGGCCUUCUGUGCCCACCUCGGGGCUGUGCGGAGCAGCAGCAGCAGCGAGGGCCUGGCGAGAGCCCCAGGACUCAGCAGCGAGGCCUCUUUGGAGAGCAAUGAGGAUUCAGAUAAUGCACGUAAAAGCUCAUCUCGCAAGCAAACUAAAAGUUAUAUGAAGACCAAGAAUCGCUACAGCAACAGUGACAACCAAUGGCCUCCCAGCACUGGGACUUCUGGGGCAGCCUGUUCCCCAGGACCUACCCCUCAGACUGAGAGGUUCCCCUAUGCAGGACCCCAGGACCUUGCCACACUGUUGGAGCAGAUAGGGUGUCUGAAGUACCUGCAGCUGUUUGAAGAACAGGAUGUGGACCUUCGAAUCUUCCUGACCCUCACUGAGAGCGACCUGAAAGAAAUCGGCAUCACGUUGUUUGGACCCAAGAGGAAGAUGACUUCUGCCAUUGCCCGCUGGCACAGUAGUGCCCGCCCCCCCAGUGAUGCCCUGGAGCUGGCCUAUGCCGACAGGCUGGAAGCUGAGAUGCAGGAGCUCGCCAUCCAGCUGCACAAACGCUGUGAGGAGGUGGAGGCCAUGCGGGGCCAGGUAUCCCAGGAGCAGGAGCUGCGGGCUGUGGUGGAGAGCUGCCUCCUGGAGCAGGACAGCACCCGCAAGGACAUCCUUGCCCAGCUGCAGGAGACCUGGGCCCGGGCCCAGGAUGCUGCUCUCAUCCUGGACCAGCUACAAGCCUGUCAGGCUGAGCUGUCAGCCCGAGUGAAGCAAGACGAGUCCCCUCUGGGGGCCACCCUAGGCCCAGCCCUCCCUACAGCUGACUCCAAAGGCUGGCAGGCCUCCCUGCAGGCCCUGAGCCUCCCCGAGCUGUCGGGAGCAUUGGAGGACCGAGUUCAUGAGAUGGGACGAGUGCUGUGCUCCGUGACCCAGGGCCUGGAGAAGCUGCAGGCACUGAAUGGGAAAGAGAACUGGCGGGAGCCUUAG